AUGUCGCAUCGGUACUCGAGCAGCACGAAUGCCUCGCGCGUCGCAGAAGGCAUUUCGUCGCGAGGCUUUGCCAUGAGGCCGCCGCCGCCGCCGCCCAUUGCCGAGACGACGGAAACCCAGUCUCCGCGCACGUUUCUUAGCAACUUUAGUAUUCACUCUGGCAAGACGGGGAGAAUUGGGAGGCGCCUCUCCAGCCGCACAUCAGAGCCUUCCACGUUUUACAGAGAAGCCACGCCACCAGGCUCGUCGCAGGGUGAGCCCGUCGCGCGGCCAGAGGAAACCUACGACGGUCGCUACGACUAUGUCGCGCCACCGGCGCCACUCCCUGCUGCGCCAACAAAAUUUGGUAUCUCGCGGCGCAGGUUUUGCAUCUUACUAUGGGCAAUUAUUGUGGUGAUUGUCAUCGUCGCCGUUGCGGUCCCUGUGGGUGUUGUGUUCGGGAUGCGCAGCAGCCGCCACGACACGGCGGCAGACAACAAAGUUGCGAGCGUAACGAGCACCACCUCGCCGACAUCAUCCACUACAAGCACAUCCACCGCCACGUCGACUGCGCCGAGCGCCGCAUCGACGAGUCUAAUGCCCUGCCCAGCGGCGAACAACACGCGGUACCUCGAGCCCAGCAGCGAAAAGACAUUCACGCGCCUCUGCGGCAUCGACUUUAGCGGGGUCGAUCAGGCUCGCGAUCUGGGCAGCGUUUGGACCACCACCAUGCAGGACUGCAUCUUCCAGUGCGCCGACUUUCCCGGCUGCACGGCGUGCGGAUGGGGCAUCAUCGCCGACGAUCCCGGGAGCGAGCACCGCUGCUGGCUCAAGGCUGAUCUCAAGUCGUCGCACAAUGCCCGUGCCGGCUGGGACUUUGCGAUUCUGGAGCAGUGA